GUUUAAUAGGGUUAACACUAUAUAAUAUGAGUGAGGAUUUAAGCACCAUCCACAAACCAAUAGGAAAUUUGUUUGAACCUAUUAAGGAUAAAUCAGAAUGGAAUAAGUUUAAACUAUCAGAGAAAGAAAUAGAAGAGUUUUGGAGAGAUGGUUAUUUAUUAAAUAAACAAGUUUUAACAGAAAAACAAUGUGAUCAAAUACUAGAAGAUUAUCGCACCUUUCUGACUAAUAAAGAACCACCUAAGAAAGAUUUAUUGUAUGAAUUUCACAGUAAUCAGAGUGGUGAUCCUGACAAUGUAUUAAUGCAUUGUUUAGGUCACUGGAGAAUCACUGAAAACUUUCAUGAUAUUGUUUUUAUGCCUAGUGUAGUGGUGCCAGCUUCUCAGCUUUUAGAACAAGGACAUUUAAUUCCAGUAAGAUUUUGGCAUGAUCAACUGUUUGCUAAGCCUCCUAAGAUUGGUGGUGGCGUGGCUUGGCAUCAAGAUUAUUCCUACUGGACCAGAACUAAACCAAUGAAACAUUUAACGGUUCAUAUAGCAUUAGAUGAUCAAUCAGAAGAGAAUGGAGCUCUACAUUAUAUCCCUGGUUCUCAUCAUUGGACAAGAGAUGGUGGUAAACCACUUCCUGUUACAGAUUUUAAUUUUAAAGAUAUGGAAUCCAUUCAGACAAUUUUAACAGAAGAAGAAAAAGUUGCUUUUAAACCAGUUUGUGGUCGUUUAAGAAAAGGAGAAGCCAGUUUUCAUCACCCAUUGGCUGUUCAUGGUUCCUAUGGUAACAGAUCAGAAAGGCCUAGAAGAGCUGCAGUGUUGAAUUAUUUUGCGGAUGGUGUUGUAUCUAAUACUGAUGAAGAACUAUUGAAAGGAAGUCUUAUACCCAAGGGUGAGAAAAUGGAUGGAAACUUGUAUCCUAUUGUGUUUGAUCCCAAAUGGACUGAGUAAUAUCGAUUUUUACGAUAUACUAAUUUAAAAACAAUAUAUUUAUCUAAAUAUUGUGUUUAAUAAUAAAAGAACAUUGGAUUUUAAUGCUAAAAAGUGAUACAGAUGGCUAUAAGGCUGUUAAAAAUAAACAUAUGACUAUGCAUUUACAGCAUCAAAAGAAUUUAUAUCUGCUUGAGACACUUGCUUACUAUGUUAUUGUGCAUAUUUUUAGUGUUUUCUGCAGUGUUUGUUACUUUAAGCUUGUUAUGAUUUUACUUGUACAAAUUUAUUGUAUAUAAUUUAUUAUAUCUCACACUUGUUGAUUUUGCACUUGAUAAAAAAUUUAUUUAUGUAUUU